AUGGAUGGUUUGCGCAAAGAAAGGAAGAAGCUUUACUGGAAUAGCCUUGAUGAACAGCUAGUUGUGAAAACAAUGAUGUUCAAAGCAACAGUGAAUCCUGGAAGAAACGAUCGGUUCGGUGCAAUGCGUUACGAUCCCGAAUUUCUCAAAGAAUGUUUGCGAAUCACACAACAGAUUCCGGUAUGGGGGCCUGAUGAUGGUGUUCCUGUUUUGGCACUUCAUGGAUGGCAGGAUAAUGCAGGAUCAUUUGACACUCUUGCUCCUCUGCUUCCAUCGAAUAUCCGACUAGUUUGCCUUGAUUUUUGUGGUCAUGGUCUUUCGUCCCAUUACGCACCAGGAAUGUUUCUCAACUAUUAUGAUCAUGUCUAUCAUGUAAAGCUGGUGAUAGAUUAUUUCAAGUGGAAAAAAGUAAACAUUUUGGGACACAGCAUGGGAGCAAUUACUGCCAUUUUCUUCGUUUCCAUGUACUCAGAAUUAGUGGAUAAGCUCAUCAGCCUUGAUGCAGUCAAACAACUUUCAUCCUCUGCUGAAUACCUACCUGCUCGUAUGAAGGGUGUUUUAACCAAUUUUCAAGAAAUUGUUGAAAGACUCCAACAGGGACCCUUAUCAUCUGUGUCUUACGAGGAUGCUCGCGAAAGAGUUGUCAAGAAUUACGGUGGAUCCAUUGACGAAAAAGAUGCUGAUGUCCUUCUUAAGCGCGGUUUGCGUAAAUUAAGUGACGAAGAUGAAUACGAAUUCACUCGCGAUUUGCGCUCUACCUGGCUCGUGGUAUCGUAUGUCCGUUUUUGCUUAUAA